UCCACAUUUAUUUACCGCCGGUCCAGUUUUGUGGAUUCGUUGAUCGCUUUUCUGCUCGGGUUUUGCCUGUUGAAAGCUGUCUUUCACAUAUUCAGCAUGACUCAAAGAGAGUUUUACGAUAAAGGUAAAAGUUACUGGGAAACUGUUCCUGCUACUAUUGAUGGAAUGCUAGGUGGAUACUCUGAUGUACUAAUCGCAGAUGUACAGGCUUCUUCCAGAUUUCUAUCCUCUUUUUUAAAUUGUAAAAAAAAUCCUGUUGGUUCAGCUAGAGCAUUAGAUUGCGGAAGUGGUAUUGGGCGUGUGACAAAGCAUCUUCUUUCAAAAUAUUUUACCACCAUAGACAUGGUAGAACAGAACAAAGAAUUUUUAGAAGCCUCACAUGCUUAUUUGGAAGCUGAAGAUAGUAAAGUAUUGAAAAGGUUUAAUUCAGGAUUGCAGGAUUUUGCUCCUGAAGAAAAGGUAUAUGAUGUAAUUUGGUGCCAGUGGGUUACUGGUCACCUGACGGAUGAUGAUUUCAUUGCAUUUCUUAAAAGGUGCAAGAAAGGGCUCAAAGAAAAUGGUAUUAUCGUCGUCAAGGAUAAUUUAUCAUCAGAUGAAAUCGACACAGACCAUGUUGAUGGGUCUGUCACCAGACCAAGAGAUCUUCUUCUAACUCUCUUCAAAAAGGCAGAUUUGCAACUGCUGGCAGAAAGAAAACAGUAUAAAUUCCCCAGAGGCUUGUAUGAAGUAAAAAUGUUUGCUUUAAGUUGACACAUGUGAAUUCUUUAGAUAUAUGUAUUAAACAUUUGUUAUGUAUACUAUUAUAAUUUAAACCA